GCCAAUAGCCACGUUCCUUACUGAGGAGUCGUCAACACUGACAUUGCGAGAUCUUCUAACUUCUCCGUUUCCGUAUUUCCAAACGUGUUCUAUCCUCAAGAAGGGCAAAAAUAUAUUAUUUCCCGCCAUCCUUUUGAUUUUUUUGUCACCUUUUCUAAGAAAUAACUUUUUCUCUCGCUGCCUGUGUGGUGCUGUUUGUGCUGUUGUCGGAAUGGAGGUGGUCAUCCAUUUACAGGGGCUCAGAAUCACUGCAGGUUCUGAGGACGUUCGCAAUUUCUUCACUGGCCUCAAAAUCCCAGAUGGUGGGGUGCACAUUAUUGGUGGGGAGCGUGAGGAGGCUUUCAUAAUCUUUGCUUCCGAUGAAGACGCGAGGCGGGCGAUGACCCGUUCGGAGGGAUCCAUCAAAGGUUUUCCGGUUCACUUACGGCUGAGCAGCAAGACAGAAAUGCAGGCUGUUCUCAAGCAAAGUAUAAAACCUGAGGUGACCAAAAAGAGGCCGUAUAAGGAAAGUUUCAGAAGACCGGAAAGAGAAGGCAGGAAUGAGGAACCUGGAAGAAAAGAGCUUGUAGAGAUGGGCAGUAGAUCAGGGUCUUACAGUAAUGUACGUAGUCGGGCCCGAAAGCCUUCCUCACAGCCAAGCAGUCAAGAUGACUUGUAUUUGCUUAUGCAAGGCAUGCCUUUUACUACGAACAAAGACGACGUGAAAGAAUUCUUUAACGGAUUAGAGGUGGAGGACAUUAUUAUAAUGAGAAAUGACCGCGGCCAACCAAAUGUGAAAGGAAUUGUCAAGUUCAAAUCCAGACGGGAUGCUAGAGAGGGUCUGAAAAGAAAUCGGCAUUACAUUGGAAGUAGGUUUGUGGAACUCGAUACAUGCUCAGAAGAGCAGUAUUUUAAGGCAGAUGUUGGUAGGGAACCUGUUAAAGAAGACAGCAGUGGUAAGUAUAGAAGAGGGCCUUCCUCGGCUCCCACUGAGAGGUCUCCAGACCGUGCUAGGUCUUUCUCACCAGUGGCCUACAGGUCUAAGUCCCCUUCUCCUUCCAAUGAUGAGUUCUGUGUCUUGGUGGAAAACCUUCCCUACUUAGUGGAGAAGAGGGACAUAAAGGAGAUCUUCCAUCAUGCAGACCUCAAGUAUGAUCAGAUCCUUCACCUUCUUGACAAGUAUGGGUCAGAGACGAGGUCCGCAUUUGUGCUGUUCAACAACCUGAGGGACUACGGUGCCGCCUUGACUCUUCACAAGAAGAAAUUUCUCAAACGAUGUGUGUACAUCUCUCCUAUCUCAAAAGAGAAAAUGGUCACCAUGCUAGAAUCUGGGGGAAAUACAAUGAAGGGCACACCACCCUCUGAAAGGUCUUCCAGCAGAUCUCAGGAAAGGCCUCCAAGAGAGACCGAGAAGGAUGUGUAUGAAUCUGAGAAGAUUUGCCUGUAUGUGCGAAACCUGCCUUUCGACGUGCGCAAAGUUGAGAUUGUGGACUUCUUCCUAGGCUUCAGAAUCUCAGAGGAGGCUGUUGUUUUGCUGCUUGACCAUAAGGGCAAUGGGCUUGGAGAGGCUUUGGUGAUCUUUCAGACUGAGGAGGAGGCUAUGAGGGCACAGUCUCUGAAUGGGCAAGGGUUUCUUGGAACAAAUCUCAUCCUGAAAUGCAUUUCUCUGACUCAGAUGCGUGAAUUUGGUGUUGGUGAACCUGCAGUGAAAGAGCAAAAGAUAGAGAGAAGCUCAGAGAGGUACCUGGCCAGGAACAGUGAGGCGAUGCCCCAUCUGUACACUGAUUACAGGGUCAACCCUGAUAUAGGCCAUCUUCCUAUGAACGACCUGCAGGUUCAUAUUCAUGGAGGCGGCAGUCUGGGUCUCGAUUCUCAAAUGAUGGAAAGCCCUGUUCUGCUUGACAACCGGGGCAAUGGCUCUGCUCAUAGACAUGGAGGCUAUGGACCUUCUGCACCGCAGCAGUUUGAUGGUCCAACAUGCCUGAAACUGGUUAAUCUGCCUUCGACUAUCAGAAUUGACGAAAUCUAUGACUUUUGCUAUGGAUAUCGUGUAAUUCCUGGAUCGGUCUCAUUGCAGUACGACAACGAAGGGAUUCCGAAAGGCUCAGCAACGGUUGUUUUUGGAUCUCGCUUGGAGGCGUUAACGGCAGUUGAGGAAUUGAGUGGAAGACCAAUAGGCAGCAGAAAAGUAAAACUAGUUUUUGUGUGAAAUUUGUCCUCCGUAUAGAACAGGAAAGAACCUUUUUUGGGGCUUUAAAAUGCGAUGUUUUAGGAAGAACAACUCACAGUAUUUGGUUAGUUUGAUGGAUUCCAACAAUGGCGACUGAACAAUUGUAGAUUUAAAAAAAUACUGUGUGUGUAUAUAGCCUUCUACUCGAUGUGUAAUGCACAAACCUUUUGUCCAUAGCUCCCCCCCCCCCCCUUAAAGAAUAACAAAAUGAUUUAUUUGUAUUUUGCUCAUCGCUUGCUUGCCAUGUAGCCUGUUUCUGAAGCUGUUUCUUUUUAGUGAAAUUUGCCUGAAAUUGUAUUUUCUUUAACAGCUGCGUGAAGGUAGAACUUCAUUUUGCUACUAUUUGUUUAAAUGUUUAUUACAUUCUGUAGUGUAAAAGUUGUCCGUUUAAACUUUAGUGGAAAUUCUUUGAUUAAAAUUCAUAAUGUUC